UCAUUUUCUAUGGUUGUCGACCAUUGAUUCCAAAUCAGAAUACUAUUUGGCGCCUGUAUACAUGAACUUUGGAGUACAUGACGAACACCUUCAGAAGUUAUUUAAUGGCCUCCAAGAAAAUACACAAGAGAUUGUAAAUUUGGAGAAUUCUGAGUAUUCUACCAAAGGGACAGCCAAUACAAGUGAACAGGUUUUGGAAAUUUCCGAGCAAUCGACUUCAUCCCAAGUUUUUUAUGGGUCAAGUCCUUUGGACAGCGAUGAUACACUAGCAAAUUCUAAGGAACCCAAUAUCAGUGAAUUUAGAUUUCAAGAAUCGCCAGAAACCAACAUUUCGUUAGAGACGGGGAUUACUGAAUCUUCAUAUAACUUAAAUGAAAGAUCUCAGGAUGGUCAUUUUAAUCUCUCUACUCCGAUCGAAAGCGAUUUGUAUCAUCGUAUUCCUAAUUUAUAUCGAUUGCUUGACUUGAGCAAUGAUGAAGGAUCAAAUGGUCUUGUUGAUAAAAUCAUCAUUUCCAAAGAAUCAUUAAAGGAAUUUUGCAAUAAAAUGGUCCCAUCCAGUUUCAAAUCAAUCUCGGAUAUAAAUUAUUCGGCCCUGGAUUCUGUUCCAGUUAACUUGGUUGGUUGCUAUGGAAAUCAUGUAUUGAUUGCAAAGCUCUUGUAUAAAGAACAUAUCAUCGAUGAGAAAAUAUAUAAUUUGCUCGUGAAUUCUCAUUAUUUAGAGUCACCUACAAAAAAUGAAAACAGACCCUCUUUAAGUCCUGGAAUUUAUUUGCUCAUGAUGCCAUCAUCAAACUUAGGCUUGGUUAUUCACUGGCAUGAAUCCGGGUGUUAUGAAGAAAACAUUUCAUUUCAAAAAAAGAGAAGCAUGAUAAAUUUGCACAGAUAUCUUACUAAACUCACGGAUCAUCAGCUCUGCCUAAUGAGUGAAUCCGAUUUGGAAUGUUUUAUUUGGAAUUCGGAAAACGAAGAGGUUUCUUCUUAUGAAGAUCUCCAUCACUGUGAAUAUGAAGUGAAAAUGAGUCAAGACGAAAAAGAAGAUUUUGAAAUCUUACCAGGAUUUAUGAUUCAUUUGCCCCAGCAAAUCAUUUCAGAAAUUCAGGAUGGAUAUCCACUACAAGAAUUUGUAGUAAUCGAAUCGGUAACCGGCCAGGCAUUAGUCACUCAAAAGAAAAUUACUGCCGUAUCAAAAAUGAUUCCACGUACUCAUUUUAUAAAAAGCAAGGAAGAAUUCAAAAAUAUGCUUAAUGGGAAUGCAUUGCGUAUCGAAAAAAAUAUGGGCAUCGAAAAUUUAAAGAUUUUAAUUAAUAAUGGGUUGGCUGAAAUUAAAGAAGAGCUUCUUGGUCCUUAUCUCAGUGCAUUAAAAGAUGCAGAAUUACUGUUCAACAAAAAGAAAACGCAAGUAAAAAGUUCCAUAACAGAAGACGCUAAAAUCUUUACAAAUCAUGCUUGGAUAAAAUUGAAACAAGAAUACAAAGAUUUUGAACUAUUGAUUAAUCAAGAAUCGACAGAAAAUCUUACCCCGCAACAAGUUAGUCAAUCCGAUCUCGAGCGUAUCAAAUCAAAAUAUCCUGAUAAAUUUGCUCAAAUCGAAAAUGCCUUGAAAAUAAAUACGAAAAAAUGGAUUAUAUUAAGAAAGCGAUACGUCUUAUUAAACUGUGCUAUACAAGAUGCAGAUCAAGGUGAAGAUACACAGUUGUCAAGUCAAGAUAUUAAGCAAUCAAUGGGCUUAAAAAUGGUCGAAAUUCUCAUGGACGAAGAGCAGGAUGAAGAUAAAUUCGUAAGGAAACAUUUUGGGGAUUCAGAUCAAGAAAAAACAGAAGGCAAUAAAGUUUAUUAUAUGCCAAUAUCGUUUGUAUGGACCAAACUAAAAGACUGGAUUCGACUCCUUCAACCCGAAGCAAGUUACGAAGGAAAAUCCGAUAGAGAUUUCAUUCAAGAAAUCCUUUCCAUAGACGAGAAUAUUUACCGGGAGAAAAAAAAAAUUAUCGAUAUUUUUUUGCAAGAAUAUAUAAUAUGGAAGACAGAAGCCUUUAAGAAAACUAUUAGUAAAUUUGCUCCUAAAUACAGUGCCGAUAGGGGAGCAAUCAGCAAGAAAUUGGAAGCAGAGUAUUCGAGCACAAAAAAUAAAAUUGAACAAGAAGAAUUUAAUAGAAUUUGCAAUGAAAUAGAAAGCAAGUUUUCUGAAGGGCCUAUUUUAAAAAUAAAUCGUUUGUCGUUACAACAUGAACUCUGGAUUUCGUAUGAAAAACAAACCAAACAACCUGAUCAACUCAAAAUCACGAUUUACCAAACAUUAAUUGAUGAGGAGGAUAACUUUUUACUUUCUGAAAAGGAGUUUCAUGUUCCCACACCUAAAUUCAACAAUAAAAAUGUAAAUUCUUUCCAAAUUAAUCCCCAAAUUCAUGAAAUCAGAAAUCUAUCACAAUUUCAAAAUAAAAUUUUUCUCGCAUUAUGGAACAACGAACAAAAUAGACUGGAGAUAUAUUUUGACUUUGCGCCACGUCUAUCACUAGCUGUUCAAUCUAAUCCACCCAAAAUAUUCAAAAUAUUACAUCCCGAUAAAAACACCCUCGUUUCAGUGAAUGAGCAUAAAGGUUUGAUUGGUUUCUAUAACGUUGAUUCCGUAGUUCUAAACGUUUAUAUAUUUGAUGAGAAAUUUAGUACUCUUUACCCGCACGCAACGAAUAUUCAAUUGGUUCAAUGGUAUAAUAAUAUGGUUCCGGAAAUUCAACAAUUUUUCUUUAUCAAAGAUACCGAAGAUAUAUGUUUCAUUGAGAAGAAUGGUCGCUCCAGAAUUUAUAUGAUAGUCUCAAGUCAAUUCCGAUCUAGUUCGUUGCAAUUACCGCCAAAUUUCUCCAAAGUCCUAAGUACACCUGAUGGAACAUGUAUUGUAGCUUUUACCAAAGAUACCGUGUCAGAACAGAAAGAAGAAAUCAACGAUGCAGAUGAAGUGAACAAUUGCAUCGAAGAAACCGACAGUUCAAAUGGGUCCUUGGAUCAAAAUAAUUGUGUUCCAGAAAAACAAGUAGAAAUGAUUCGAGCGCACGUAUUUUUCUGUUCAAGUUUCGGUAAUUCCUCUAGCAAAAUCAUAAAUAUGCCAAGUAAUAUGAAAUCCAUUGAACAUUUUCAAUUUUCCUUUAUUAAGAGACGACAAAUACAUCUUAUUGCCCUAGACGUAACCAAUAGACUGUUUUGCUCACGGAUCAUCAGAAUUACUCUUGAGAAAACCCAGUACAAGUUUCAACCAAAGUUUAAUAGAGAAUCAGUCGAAAGAGUAAAAAUUUUAGCCCCCUCCGACCAAAUUGAUGAUUAUUCUUUUUUGGAAGGAAAGGAUACACAAUUCAAUAAGGACACUUCUGUCGGUGAAAAUAUUGUGAUUUUGGGUGAAAAAAGACGAAUUCUUGAAAUACAAUCGAACACGAGAUUAAAGAUUGCGGGGAAAUUUUCAAAUGUCCUUGAUCAUAAUUGUUGGAUGGGAUUUCAUAUAGAACCAAAAACAAGACUUAAUAAUUUUCUCAACGUUUAUCAAUAUACGUUUAAAAAAUAUCCGAUUGACAAUUGUAUAGAUCCUGAACAAAAUAGGUCUCUGAACUUAAAUAUAGUUCUGGAUUUGUCUAGUCGUGAGGUUGAAGGUUACGAAGAAAAAUUUAGAGAUUAUGUUGAUAACAUGUUCGAAGAAUUGAAACGUUCUACAAAAAAACCGGCAAAAAGUUUGAAAAAAUUUAAAAUUGAUGUAAUGUCCUUUUCCGAACUUGACGUCAAUGAUCCUGAUUUCAAAGAAAACAAGUCAUCAAAAUUUAACCUCGGGGAAUGGAUGAUUCAACUUUCUUGCUUAAUUCCAAUUCAAAUUGCGGUUGCUCGAAACAAUGUGUUCCAACCCCUUCAAGAUGGUUUAACAUCAAAUGAAAGCAGUUUAUAUGAUAUUGAUGAUCAUGGUUUUCAUCUUAAUCAUACGAUAGUGCGAGAAUCUUUUUACAGAACACGAAAACGAUUAUGGCAAAAAUCCGGGCAAGCAUGCGAUUGGGGUCCAUUGGACGAUAACUUAAUUCAAAUUCGCGUAUAUACAUUAAAGAGAUUGCUCCAAACGGCCAUAUCCAUUGGUGUCGAAGAAAAUAAUUCUACAAUUGUAAAGUUGAUGAAUCACGAUACAGGAACUACAAUUGAGGAUCCAGUGGUUACAAUGCCUGAAAUAUUCGAAGAUUUUGAUAAUUCUAAGGAACUUUUUUCCGACGAGAACACAUUACUUUUUGAAGAAAACGCUGACUUUGUGUGCUUAUCUGCAGAUCUAAGAAUGUACUUUGAGGAAAACAUACAGCAAAGAAAAGAUUGCUCCGAUGAUAAUAAAUGUUUAAGUAAUAAGCGUAAUUGUCAAAAAGUCUGCGCAAAAGAAAUUGAUCACGAGGAUGGCAAUCAUAUGUGCCAGUCAAAACGUCAUUACUGCGGUGAACCUUGUUCUUUGUCUACAUACACAAAAAAAGGAAAUUACCAGUGCCCUAACAAAUGUAUUGUUGUCUGUGAGGAAGAACAUGAUCGACAUCGUUGUGAAAAUGAAACGUGCCCUAUUCAAUGUCCUAUACCAAAGUGUCAACGAAGAUGCCAGAGCAAUGAUCAUUUUCAUGCAAACUUGAAAACACAUGAUACAAUAAACCAUUUUUGCGGAGAGGAACAUCAAUGUCAAGAAUACUGUGAAGAACCUGGAGUAUGUAGAGUUUUGACCGAGCCUCAGAGACGUGAAGAGACAUACCAAGGAAAACUCAGAGAAACAAUUAUUACAUUUACUAAACAUAUCCAAAUCAGUGAAAGAUUGAUGUGCUGUAAAAGAAUUCCUCCUAAUAAGUUUAAGCACGAAGGAACGCAUUCUCAUUCCCAGGAUAACAAUAGUUUUCAUUUUUGUGAUACCAAGUGUCAAUUUUGCGAAUAUUAUUGUACUUUGCCUUAUAGACACCCACAACCAUUGCACGAAACAAAACAUGGAAAUAUGAUCCAAACAGAAUUUACGAGUGAAGUUGAUGAAUUUGUGUAUGCGGGUCAUAAAUUACAAAUAGGUGAUUGUGGUACAUUUGUCUUAUGCAGCUUGUACUGUAAAGAUAAAGAGAUGAGACGUCAUCGGCAUAUCGAUUAUUGUAAAGAUGAAGAGACCUGUAAAUUAAAUGCCAAUCAUCCGGACAUUCUGCAUAUUAAUGCUCCAGUAAAUCCAAAUCCUGAUCGGGCAAAAGAUUAUAUCUCACAUCGUCUCUUCUGGAAACGUACUGGAUUCAAAGGUUAUUGCAAUGAUCAAUUGCAAUCAUUACCCAACGACAUUGGCUAUAUUUCAUCUGAUGGUCAUCACUUUCAUUGUGAGAAUCCAAGUAAAAGGGAGGCCGCAUUUCACAUCAUACUUACAUUGGACAGAUCCGCUUCUAUGUCAGAAAACGACAUGCAACCUUUAACAGGCACUCCUUGCUAUAAGGAGUUAAAAAAAAAUCAUAAUAAUAGGAUUGGAGCUGUUUACAGCGCGGCUAGGAUUGGCAACCAAAGUGGCCAGCUCAAAAGGAAAAUUACAAAUAAAGACACUAUAUCAUUGGUACUCUUUGACGAUGAAGUCAUUGUUCCAUUCGAAAAUAAAAUUCUCGUGGACGCUGAUGACUUGUUAAAUGAGAUGAUUAAACACAAAGCUCGAGGAGGAACAGACUUUAAUCUUGCUAUACAAAAGUCGGGAUUUUUAAUCGAUCAAUAUUAUGAUACUGACAAAGUAAAUAUCAUUAUUUUCCUCUCCGACGGUGAAGAUUGCGUACCACGUUAUCAACUUCGACAAAUAUGUGAACAGAACAAAAAAAAGGGGAAUCCUUUAUUUUUGUAUACGGUGUUAUUUGCCAAUCAUACGGAUAGUUCUUCUUUAAAAGAAAUGGCUGAAAUUGCGCAGAAACAUCAUCCGCAAAACACUUCUGCGAGUUCCCUUCGGUGUCAAUAUUAUAAAGUAAUGAAUGAAGUUAAUUUAGUAACAACUUUCAUAGGCGUUUCCGAAAGUAUCAGAAAUCAUCAACCAUCUUUAGUGAAAAAAAACAAUUAG